AUGACUCGCCGCUGUCUUCUGCUGCUCGGUCUGGUCCUGAUCCUUGACCAGACCUGGUCCCAGCUGGACCUGAGCCAGUCCAAAGAAGAACUGGACCAAGACCUGGACCUGGAUCAGAGGCCAGAGCAAGACCUGGUGUCGGCGCUGCAGCUGAUCCUGGGUCAGAUCCACUCUGCAGAGAAGCGCUCCAUCCCAGUGGUGAGUCCGAACUGUCAAUCACACGGACCCUGCAGAGUCCGCUCAGACCUCAGACCUCAGACCCUGCAGACUCCGCUCAGACCUCAGACCCUGCAGACACCGCUCAGACCUCAGACCCUGCAGACUCCGCUCAGACCUCAGACCCUGCAGAUUCCGCUCAGACCUCAGACCCUGCAGACUCCGCUCAGACCUCAGACCCUGCAGACUCCACUCAGACCUCAGACCCUGCAGACUCCACUCAGACCUCAGACCCUGCAGACUCCGCUCAGACCUCAGACCCUGCAGACUCCGCUCAGACCUCAGACCCUGCAGACUCCGCUCAGACCUCAGACCCUGCAGAUUCCGCUCAGACCUCAGACCCUGCAGACUCCGCUCAGACCUCAGACCCUGCAGACUCCACUCAGACCUCAGACCCUGCAGACUCCACUCAGACCUCAGACCCUGCAGACUCCGCUCAGACCUCAGACCCUGCAGACUCCGCUCAGACCUCAGACCCUGCAGACUCCGCUCAGACCUCAGACCCUGCAGACUCCGCUCAGACCUCAGACCCUGCAGAUUCCGCUCAGACCUCAGACCCUGCAGACUCCGCUCAGACCUCAGACCUCAGACCCUGCAGACUCCGCUCAGACCUCAGACUCUGCAGAGUCCGCUCAGACCUCAGACCCUGCAGACUCCGCUCAGACCUCAGACCCUGCAGACUCCGCUCAGACCUCAGACCCUGCAGACUCCGCUCAGACCUCAGACCCUGCAGACUCCGCUCAGACCACACAGGCAGUUUUCUAUGGUACUGCAUGUGGAAUGGGCGACCGCUGUGCGCUGAAGUUCGGACCACGUAUUGGGAAACUGUGCGACUGCGGCCGCGGCGCCAACUGCAACUCCUACCUCCUGAAGUGCAUCUGA